AUGAGUUCUCUGAAGUGCCCUUCUUCCAGGGCAUACGGUACUGAAAAUGUCUUGCCUGAAGCACAUUUAACCUCUUUUUGCAGUGGCCGUGUGAACAGCAGUGCAUGGAAUGAAAACGUUGAACUGACAUUUCUAGAAAACAAACAUAAUGUGUGCCAUCCUUCAGGAAUAUUUGUUGGUCUCUCUCAAGGUUCAUAAAUUGUGACAGUCAAUUCACUGUAUUCUGGUAGUCCUUGCAAGCUGUUCAUUUCAAAAAUAAAACAUUAAAUUCCAAGAAUUCAAAGUCUCCAAGCAACCAAACCCAGCAAACAAAACUAUUGUACAUGAUAUUUACAUCUUUGUUGCCUGGGAAUCCUGUUGCUGCUCCACACCUCGCUCCAAACACUUGCUAAAAGCAUGCAAUGGUUUUUGCAGCUGCCUUGCAGUUUAGGAAGGAUCAAGUCACAGAGGUGUAGAUCAGAGAGCUGCAGUUCCUGAGUGGCUGAGGCAGCCAUGAGUAGUCGAGAGGUGGUUGUUCUGAGUGUGGGAGGUGUGAGGUUUGUAACCCGGGCUUCCACCUUGCAGCAGUUCCCUGAGUCCAGGCUGGCACGGAUGGUGAGUGACGAUGACCGGGAAUUUAAACUGGUGAAUGGAGAGUUUUUUGUGGACAGAGAUGGAGCUUUGUUUAGUUACAUCAUGGACUUCUUAAGGACUCUCCAGGUGUCCUUACCAACUGAUUUCUCAGACUAUCAGAGGCUGCAGAGAGAAGCAGAAUUCUAUGGACUCUACCCCCUGGCCAACCUCCUGAGCCAAGAACAUUUGCUGAAGCCGAGGGUGGAGAUCUUGGAAGUGCGUUUUUCUCUCCAAGAAAUGCAAGCCUUUUUCCGGAUCUUUGGUUCCUGCAGUACCACUAUUGAGGCACUAGCUGAGCAGAUCACUGUGUUCACGGGGCAGCAGUCAGGACAGGGCUGGAACAGCCCUUUUCCUUCCCAGAAAACACUCGUUCCACUUCCUUUGGAAAGACCCUCUCAUCAUGAUAUGGUUUUUCUGUGUGGGACUGAGUAUUCUGCUGGUGACCAGUUUGUGGCCAGGUAUGUUUCCAUAAAGCCUGAUGAGAGAAAGCUGAUUAAUGGCACUAACGUGCUAGGCCUGCUGCUUGACACUUUACUCAAAGAUGGAUUUCGCCUCAUAAGCACCAGGACAGUCACCAGUGACGAGAAGGUUGAAUGCUACACUUUUGAAAGGAUGAAGAGGGCAGCAGGCCUUGCCAUCAUGGUGAACCAAACCCCAGGGAGCUCUGGGGUAGCACAGCCAAGGAGAAGCCAAGUACAGAAAGGGAAAUAAGGGCUUUUCCUUCCAUCUUUUGAAUGUAGAAGGGGGAUGUGUCAGCACUAGGGACAUUUGUUUCUGUUUUGGCUUGUUUGAAACUGCAGCUAUUGAGGGAAGUAACAAACACAUUUUCUUUCAAGUAUUUAGGGGAAAAAAAUUGCUUUCUUGCCUUUUACCACUCUACCCUCUUUUAAGUUAAAGAAGCCCAGAUUCAAUACUGGGUUUGUGGACCAGAUUUCAGCAAUUCCAAGAGUUGUUGUUUUUUCUCUGUGGCUAAAAUUUACAUGAGGACUCAGAAAGCAUCAGCCAUCCUUUCCAGAAAAUUGUUUUUAUGUUCUGUGCUAAUCUGCAAGUAGGUUUUAAAAACACGGUAAUACAUGAAGAUGAUGCAGCUGUCAUCGCAACAGUUAGGAGAAGGGGCUGGGGGAGGAAUGCAAACCCCAAUGAUUGAUUAGUGCUUCUACUCACUGACUCUUGCAGUUGGCUGAGGCAGUGGGAGGGGAACAUCCCGAGCUGUGCUGCUGUGUGGCUUUGUGAAAGCCAUCACUGAAGUCUGUGAAAUAAUGUAUGACUGUCUCUUGUCCUCUCCUCCUACUCUGGUGGCAUUAAGAUACUCUUUGGUUCUGAGAAUUAAAUUAUAAAGAUCUUUGUGAACAGAAGGUCAGUUAAUUUUUAGUGCUUUCACCACAAAAAGGAUGAAAAUGUGAUGAACAGCCCUUCAGAUGAAAGAGUUUGUACAGUUUCAAGCAAAGUAGUGCAAAUGAUUUUUUAGUUCUUGUUAAGUACAACACAAGGCUUAGCAGUUAAGUACAACUUGUUAAGUACAACAAGUUGGAAGGCUUAGCAGAUGUGGCUUUAAGAGCUUUGUUAGUACUGUACAAAGCUUUGUAAAGAUGCCAAAAUUAGCUCAGGUACUGAAAGAGGUAAGUUAAUGAAGCUUUAUAAAUUAAGAAUCUUCUGUCCUUCCAUCAAGAAGAUAGCAGUAACUUCAGGGAUUCAUUAGUUGCAUCUCAGUUUUGUUGCUGGUAAAACACAGAAUUCACAGAAUGACUAGGUUGGAAGAGACUUUAAAGAUCAUAGAGUCCAACCCAUUCCCCAACACCUCAGCUAAACAAUGGCAUUAAGUGCCACAUCCAUCUUUUUAAAUGCAUCCAGGGAUGGUGACUCCACUACCUCCCCAGGCAGACAAUUCCAGAACAUUGUGAGUCUCUGUGAAAAACUUUUUCCUAAUAUCCAACUUAUAUUUCCUUUGACACACCUUGAGAUGGCACCAUCUUCCCAAGGCUUAGAACAGCCCAGGAGAGCUACUUUGGGCUUUCUUGGCUGACCAGUUAGAUCUGGCUUUUCAUUAGUUUUAAAAUGUGAAUGCAUUACUUUAUUUGCAGCACUUGAUAAUGGGGGUGGGACUCAGCCAUCUGUUUCUUGCCUUAAGGAGUUUCAGUGAAAUGGAUCUUUCCAGACCAGAAAGAAGUGCCACUAUUGGGCACCUCUUUUUCUGGGCUACUACUCUGGGGCAUUUCAGCUUGACCCAAGUUCAGAAACUCAGUGAGGUCCUCUUUGCCUGUUCUAGAGCUGUUUGAGUUGAGAAUAAUGUGACUAUGGGACUGCAUUUCCCAGGCUGCUUACAGGUUAUGUAAUGAAUGUAAGACUGAAUGCUUCCACUUCAAAUGGGAUUUUUUUGGUUGGUAAUGUCAAUGUGUUCAUAUUUAUCUUCAAGUAAGAUAUUUCUUACAGUGAGAACCAUCAUUCACUGAACAACCUCCCCACAGAUGUGGUGGAGUCUCCCUUGUCAGAAAUUUUGAAGAGGAUACUAAAUUAUUUCAUGGACGCUCUGUGUUGCAUGAAAGGCUGGACCAGAUGAUCUUUUGAGUUCCCUUCCAGCCUGGCCUGUUCCAUGAUUCUGUGGAGCCCUUCUGUGAAGGUCUGUGCCAGAAAGCCUAUCAUGGUGGGCUUUGAGGUCACACCACUGUUGGGUGACAGAGCAGACAGGCUGUGUGGGAUGACUGUCCCCACAAGUUGCUGUGCUGCAGACAACGCUCCUUGUUUGGAAACAAUAACGUUGAUUAUUGGGUGAGUUACUGGCUGUGAAUAUUGUAGGUGGAGGGACUAGCCAAUGUGAAGCACGAGACAAAAAAAAAAAAGCAAAUUCUUACAAGAAAGAUUAAAAAAUAGACUUGAGGCUGUAUUUAGACAUUAUGCCCUAGAUGAUCACCAAUAGCAGUGAUGUAAGCUGAGACAAGUUUCAGAACACCUCACAGUAACAAUUACACUGUUUCACCUAGCACAAAAGUAGGGACACUUUGUUUUCCAUGCUGCAGCAGCCACUUUGAAAAUUGAAGUUUGGAUUCCAAUUUUUUUUUAAUAAAGUGAAAGAAAAGACAAAUACUUCAAUUUUUAAAGAGCUGCAAAGUUUUUACCUAUGCAAUCAUCCAUGUUCCAUGUCUUUGGCAAAAUGAAUGUUUGAUACAACCAUUUUAGUAACACUUUAUGAUGGGCUGAACACAUGGGUUAAUUUUUAUUUAGCACAGCAUCAUUCUAUAAAUGCAAUAUUUGGCUCUGGAAAAUAUACCAGUGCAAGUUGCUGUCAAGUAAAGAACCAUAUGUGCUUUACCCUUGGGUAACAGUGUGCUGUGGCUCUGUGCUUCUUUUGGAAGCAAAGCACAUGACCAUCAACAAGCUUGUGCUUCCAGAAUUCUUCCAGCAUUUAUUCUUACUUAGUUCUGAACUGAGAAGUAUCACCUUCUGUCAUUUUGUGUUCCUGCAGAGAACGUGAUUAGGCUCUUAUACAAUGCUUUCACUUUGUUGGGGUUUUUUUGUUCAUUUUUUAACUGAUAGUCCUUAAAUAAGUUUGACAGUAUGUGUGUGAACAACCUGAUAGAAAUCUGUUGAAAGCUUCUGACUGAUACUAGUAGGAUACCCAUGACUUCAAUGAAAGAUUGAUGGAAUAAAUUAAUUGAAUUUAAGCUGGUUCUUCAAGGAAAACUCCUCACUGGGUUUCCUUAUACAGAAAAAGGAAGCAGUGAUGAUAGAGCUACAGGUGUUGUGUAGCUUCAAGCUACAACUAAAUAGCAGUAAUUAUGGCGGAACAGGUCAAAUUAUUUGCAGACAAAUUAAUAUAAAAAUAGCAGUGAUUUACUAGGAGGAUCUUCAGCUGGCCUUCACCUUGCGAGGUUAUUUAUGCCACUGCAAAGUGUUGCUGAGUCAUGAUGGCAAAUUUUCUGUGCCCUCUUUGAAGUGGUAUGCAAUGUAACCUGCAGGCACUAGGGCAGGAAUUUAGAAAUAGUGGCCAAUGUUUUUGCUGCUCCUUCCCUUCUGAAGCCCCAAACAAGCGGGGAUGCAGCAGAGAGCAGACUGUGUGGUGUGUGCUCAGCAGAGUUAUUCACAUGGAAGGGAACAGCUGUACAAGUGAAUUUGGCUGGUAGGAACUACGAGUCUGAGUGAUUUUAAAAGCUGCUUCGUCAAAACCAGAUUAUGUGCUAAACUGAGUACUUCCACCCAAACCUUGGCAGGCAACUCAACUCUGGUAUCUCACAACACAAUCUUUGCUAGACUAGCAGUGUGUUAUAGGUGACUUGGUUGUGCUUUUACAUGUCACAGAACCAGAAGCUCUGAUUGCUCACAGCUAGCUCUCUUUUUGAUUAAAUGGGAAUGGUAUUUUGAGACAUUGAGACUUUUAUUUUCCAAUAAAAGUAAUUUGUUAUCCCUGACAUAAACCGCUUCUUCAAGUCAUUGCCAACUUUCUCAAGAAAAUUCCUUUUUUUCCUGUAAAGAUGCAAAAUUUGCUGAUUUCAGUAAACUUCACUGCUGUAUUUGCCUUUUUAUUCUU